UUUGACACUUUGAAGUUUGAGGUUAUGAAUUUUAUGGAAGUUGUUCUUCGCGGUAUAAUUUUAACACAACAAAAAAAAUCAUAAAUGUAAUCUAGAAUAUCUGCACAGUAAGAAUCCCACUCACAAUAAGAAUGGAUACGGAGAACAGAGUUGUGGUACUCAUUGACAUGGACUGUUUCUACUGCCAAGUGGAAGAGAAACUCAACCCUGAACUAAAAGGCAAACCCAUUGCUGUGGUGCAAUAUAAUCCUUGGAAAGGAGGAGGGAUUAUAGCAGUGAACUAUGUAGCGCGAGGCAUGGGAGUGACGCGGCAUAUGAGAGGUGACGAGGCCAAGGAGAAGUGCCCGGAGAUUGAGCUGCCGUCAGUGCCUUGUCCGAGAGGCAAGGCUGAUAUCACUAAGUACAGAGAUGCAGGAAAGGAUGUUGCAAAAGUACUUCAGAAAUUCACGCCUCUGCUGGAAAGGGCGUCCAUUGAUGAAGCUUAUUUAGACAUUACAGCUCCUGUACAAAAAAGACUUGAGACUCUAAACGUAAACACACUAACAAGUGAAAUGAUGCCCAACACGUUUGCGCUGGGCUACGACAGAAUAGAGGAGUUGAUGUCAGAGGUGCACGCCUGCGGCUCGGACUCCAUCGACUUUGAUUACGAGCACGCCAAGCGGCUGCUGGUGGGGGCUUUGGUUGUUAGCGAGAUCAGAGCGGCGGUAUAUGAACAAACAGGGUACAGCUGUUCAGCCGGCAUAGCGCACAACAAGAUCCUCGCCAAGCUGGUGUGCGGCAUGAACAAGCCCAACAAGCAGACCGUGCUGCCUAAGCAUUGCAUUAACAUUUUGUACAAGACUCUAUCGGUUAAGAAGGUGAAGCAUUUGGGUGGAAAGUUUGGCGACGCGGUCUGCGAUGUACUGAAGAUCAAAACAAUGGCGGAGUUGCAACAUUUUACAGAAAAGGAGCUUCAAACUAAAUUUGAUGAAAAAAAUGGUACUUGGCUCUACAAUAUAGCGCGCGGGACCGACCUAGAGCCCGUACAAGCAAGGUUCAACCCCAAAAGCAUCGGCUGCUGCAAACAGUUCCGAGGGAAAACAGCUUUGGUAGACUUGGAUAGCUUAAAGAAAUGGCUCAAAGACUUGGGCGACGAGAUCGAGGACAGGCUGGAAAAGGAUGCGUUAGAGAGUAACAGGACGCCGAAACAGAUGGUCGUCAGUUUCUCCUUACAAGUGAACGGCCGAGACACUGGCAGUUCUAGGUCGUAUAACUUUUCGCCCGACGAUGAUCUGUGCGGUGUUACGUUUUCCAAUAAAGCGUUAGAGUUGGUCCUGGAUAGCGCAGAAGGUUGCAAGCCUAAAGAUGGCGAGACUAACAGAAGAUUAAAGACUCCGAUAAAAUUUCUAGGCAUCAGUGUUGGUAAGUUUGAAGACAACACUGAAAGCAAAAAAACUAAAGGAAUAAUGGACUACUUUGCAGCUGGUUCAUCAAGAGAAACUACACAUAAACCUGAAAAUACUGCAAAAGUUAAAGAUAAACAUAAAAAUACUGAAGGCAAAAACUAUGUUCUUCAGAAAUUUUUAAAUAGGGGUAAAAAUGCCAAACAAAAUACAGAUAAUAAGGAAUGUUGUGCAGAAGACAAUAUUAAUGAUACAAAAGUCUUAGAAGCAACAUUGGAUAGACAAGAAUCGUUUUUUGCUAAAUACCUCGAUGGGUCUGUCAACCCAAACGUAAAUCGAAUACUAGAAUCUGAAAUGAUAGUUGAAGAAUCUCAAACUGAAGUAAAUAACUCGAAUACUAAAGUAAAUCGUUCUAAUACACCACAAUGUAAUGUUAUUCCUUGUGGAGAUGACAGCAAUGACACAAAUUAUUCAGGAUCGACGAUAAAUGAGGAAAUAAAUAAAAGUAUUGCACUUUUCGAGGAAGAUCCUGUUGAUAUCGCUCGUGUUAGUAACAUGAGAGAAUUAUUGAACAACAACAAAGACAAAUUAGAAAAUGGCAUUGAGGAUUUAAAGGUUGAACCUGACGCGCGGGUAUCACCAAUAAUAAAACCAAAACCUCAACACAUUGAGUCUAUAGCUUGCACGGAAUGUGGUAAUAAUAUACCAGUAAAUAAAUUCGAGGAACAUGCGGAUUACCAUUUAGCGUUAAAGUUAAGAGAAGAAGAGAGACAAGAAGUGCGAAAAGAAAGAGAAAGGAAAUCAGUAAAAGAAGUCACAAUAAGUAAUAAGGAUCCUAAGAAAAAGAAGCCCGAAGAACUUAGCAACAAAAUUGAGACAGUAACAUCAAUAACUAAUUUUCUAACAAAAAUUGACAAUGGAGUUCCAACAAAAAAUUGUCCAGAAUGUGGAGAGAGGGUUGUUCUUGAAAAGUUUUCGGAACACCAAGAUUUUCAUGAAGCUCAAAAGUUAAGUAGGGAGUUAAAUAAUAGGUCAACUUUUUCGAAUAUUACAAGUGGUGUCAAAAUCAAAAGAAAGAGAAAAUCUGUCUCGCCCACAAAGAAGCCUAAAAUGCAGUGCAAAUCAAUAGAUCUGUUCUUUAGAUAGACAGGAAAUAAACUAAUCUAAAUAUCGAGUAUGUAAGCAAUGUACAAAAAUUGUGUUAUAAUUAGAUAAAGUUAUAUGUAAAUAAAUACCUAUUUUUUUUUAA